AUCGGCCGCUCCAAUCCAAGAUAUCACCGGCAUUCGUGCAUUAAGCAGCUCACGAGGACUAUGUACAGUUAUCCACAAUCCGUGUAACUGAGCACAGCUGCUGGUGUCCUUGACGACUGCCUCGUUUGCCUUGUUAACAGUUCCGCAGCCAUAUUCAGCUGUAUGAAGAACAUCUGCUGCAUCUGAAUUCGGUACUGAUCGUUAGUGUCACUUAUCCCGGUCUGGGGGGGUGGAGUGAGGACCAGGCUAAGACACCUUGCCCUAACUGCGAUGGUAGUGAGCACUGGCUGGAGCUGGUGGCAUGCUCUGGGUCGACGCAAGGUACUGGAUUCCCUUGCAUUAGGCAGUUCUGAGCUAGCUCGUGUCCUCAGCACCUUUGACCUUACUGCUCUUGGUGUGGGAAGCACUCUGGGAGUUGGUGUAUACGUACUUGCAGGAAAUGUUUCCAAGAACAUUGCAGGCCCAGCUGUGGUUGUGUCCUUCCUGAUAGCAGCUGUUGCAUCUCUAUUUGCAGGAUUGUGUUAUGCAGAAUUUGGAGCAAGGGUUCCUCGAGCAGGAUCUGCAUAUAUCUAUAGUUAUGUUUGUGUGGGGGAAUUUGUAGCAUUCAUCAUUGGAUGGAAUCUCAUUCUAGAAUAUGUAAUAGGUUCUGCAAGUGUUGCAAGAGGUUUAAGCAAAUAUCUUGAUUCUCUUCUUAAUGAAACAAUGGAACAAACGUUUCUUGAAACCAUGCCAAUGGCUACAGAUUCCUUUGCACUAUCACCUUAUUUUGAUAUCUUUGCAUUUGGAAUAUCAUUCAUUUUAGCAGUUGCACUUUCCUUGGGUGUUAAGGAAUCAUCUUUAGUAAACAGCCUAUUUACCAUAGUAAAUAUCGCUGUUGUUCUGUUUGUAAUCCUUGCUGGUUCAUUCAAAGCUGAUUCAAAGAACUGGGCUAUAAAGAAAGAAGACAUUAUCACCGAUAGUCCUCAGGGUGGAGGAGAGGGAGGAUUUUUUCCUUUUGGUGUCAGUGGUGCUAUAAAAGGAGCUGCCACCUGCUUCUAUGGCUUUGUUGGUUUCGAUUGUGUAGCCACUACAGGUGAAGAAGUGAGGAACCCCCAGAAAGCAAUCCCAAUUGCUAUCAUUUUGUCCCUCACCAUUAUCUUCCUCUCCUAUUUUGGAGUUUCAACUGUCCUGACUCUCAUGUGGCCAUAUUAUUUACAGGAUUCUGAUGCCCCAAUUCCGAAGGUGUUUCUUGAGACAGGCUGGCCUGUUGCACAGUGGAUAGUAACAAUAGGAGGAAUAUUCGGGCUGUGUGCAAGUCUAUUUGGAGCAAUGUUCCCUCUGCCUCGAAUCAUUUAUGCAAUGGCUAUGGAUGGACUUAUAUUCCAAUUCCUAGGGAAAGUCCACCACUACUUCAAGACACCUUUUUAUGGCACACUAAUAGCUGGUCUAUUAACAGGUUUAAUGGCAGCAAUUUUUGACCUUGAUCAGCUGGUGAAUAUGAUGUCAAUUGGAACUCUUCUUGCAUACACUAUUGUAGCUGCCUGUGUCUUGCUUCUUCGGUACAAAGCUGAUGUCCACGAGGAAACUGAAGGUUAUGCAUUGCUUCCAUCAGAUGGGAAGGAUAAUGGAGAGGAGACUGUAUACACAGACCUUGAACUCUGUGGAGGUAGUGACAUUGUAAGUUCAGAGUACAUUGAAUCAACAAACCUGGUCACUCUUAAGGAGCCUGUAACGUUUGGAACAGUCUCAAGGCAGCUGUUUAAUCCAUUCAGAAAGAAGCAUCCAACAUUUCUGUCAUCAAGUGUUGUCACUGUAGAAGUUCUGGUGUUUGGUAUACUGUCUACAUUAUUGGGCCUGUGUGUUGUUUUCUGGGAACGUGAUUUGGCAGACCUCAAUCCUUGGGCUCUUUCUGUGACCUCUGUCAUAGGUGGCAUAUUGGUUCUCAUCUUGCUGUCAGUCAGUUUGCAGCCACCUUCUUCUAAGCCUCUCUCCUUCAAGGUGCCUUUUGUGCCAGUGGUCCCUGCAGUGAGCAUUGUGAUAAACAUUUAUCUAAUGCUUAGGCUGGAUGGGAACACAUGGAUCCGAUUUGGUGUAUGGAUGGCCAUUGGUGUGAUGCUCUACUUUGGAUACAGCAUUCGACACAGUGAGGAGGCAAUGUUCCAUUGUAAAACACCAAUUCCAGUGAAAGACUGGCUCUGGGGCUCAUGAAGUCUCCUAUCCAAUGGGCAUUGGCUUGGUGGUAAGCUGGCAAGGGAUGAAGCUGACUACACACCAUCAUCUAGUGCCAGGACUUAGUAUACUUCCAUUCUUCCAUCUGUCUUCAUUAAGCACAAGGAAAACUCCAUUUUCUUACCUGUGUUCCAAAACAGAUAAUAAAAGGGAAGCCACUCUAGGGAGUGACUGAACACAAAGAAAAAAUAAAUCUGCAAAUCUAGGCUUUUCCAAGUUUGAAGAAGAGCAGAUAAGUUAUUUUGGUGAACUGAAACUAGAUUCAGGUUGAUCAGUCUCAAUCAUAUAAAGGCAAAUACUGCCAAUGUGCGACUCAAUUUCGAACAAAUUAUAAGCAUGGUUAAAAGCGAAUAACCAGACAAAACCUUCAUCAAAAUUGUAAUUUUGUUUUACUAUUACAAGCACAAUAAAAAUAUUAAAGGGCUGGUGUCACAUUUCCACUCAACUCCCUUCAAUCAUAUGGGUCAAUGCACGAAAAGUCUCUUCCAAUCUCUUCUUUCUUCUAAUCUUUCCUUUUCAAUUUCUUGCCUGAUCUUUCCUCUCUUCUUGACGUCUUAAAAAAUUUGACUAAACCAUAUUCCAUCUGGGUCAUGCCAUAUGUAUCUUUCCUUAAAAUUUCAAUUCUAAACCCCACUUUGUUCUAUUUAUUCUCUUUACACAGCCACAAAAGUGUAAUAAUUUCACUUUUAAUUGUUAACAAAUUCAAAUUUUAAAUUCUCUAAAAUUUUUCAUUUAUAAUUCUGCCCCUUCUUGUUCAUCAGUCAGUACUUCUCAAAUAUAUCCAUGGUCUACUCUUAUCUCUUUGUUCAUUUUAAGCAGUAAAAUUUAUCAUGGUUAUUAAAAAAUCACUUCAUGAAGGUGCAGAAAAAAUGGGGAGUGAAGUUCCUUGCAACCUAUGCUUUAACAUUAGAUGAAGGAAAGUUGUCAGCUUCAUGUCAGCUGAUCCCCCCUCAAGGAAAGAAUAAUUCCUGGAUACUCAUUUGCUACAAGGAUGCAUGCAGUGAUAAGAGGAUUCCAAAACUCCUGGCUCAGACUGGAACUCCAUCCAGCCUGCAGUUCAGAUCCAUCAUGACAUCAAUUGUCUGAAGACUGAAUUUCUUUUAAAUAAUAUAUAUAUAUAAAUUCAGUUCAUACCUCACAGGAACCAGUUAAUGCUGUUCAGGGAAACAGUCGUUGUUUAAUGUGAGAACCACAGAAGACUCACAAAUACACUCUAUGGGCAGAUUGCAGAGUUUCAUUCUGUUAAAGUAGGUGAUACAUAUACGACCACUGGGC